AUGAUUUCUGCUCUCUUCGCUCGCAAUGUGCCUGCAAGAACAUUCGAAGUCUCCAAACUGGUAGUGAGAGUUUGUGCUCUUCGCCAACUCUCCGACGAAGGCCGUCAAAGCUUUAGAGGGCGUGAUGGCAAUAGAAGUUAUAAUGGCGACCGAAGCUCCAGAGGUGGUUACGGAAGAAACGACCGAAACAGCAGAAGGCCUACAGGUGGCCACAGGGGUACUAGACUCCAAGGUGAGCCUCCUCUUCGCCUGAGUAACGUGGUUCGAGUGGCCGAUGACCAAAGUUCUAAAGAUAUCACGUUGGAUGGGUUGCAUCAGAGUGGCGUUAUUGACAAAGAGUUGCACAAAGCUGUCAGCAGAAUGAACUUUGAGAGCCUUACUCCUGUCCAGCAGAAAACCAUAAAGCCUAUUUUGGAAACAGAGCAUGAUGUGAUCGCGAGGGCGAAAACAGGUACUGGUAAGACUCUUGCAUUUUUGGUCCCUAUCUUUGAGCAUUUGAUCAAGACCCGCACGGAAUCUCCCUCCAUGGUGAAAUGUGUUAUUGUUGCACCAACACGCGACUUGGCUCUCCAAAUCGACUCUGAAAUCGAAAAGCUUCACAAGAACAAUCAUGCCUUGAGAAAGUUCAAAUCUAUAGCUUUGAUCGGUGGCAGCAAUUUCCAGGUGGCAAUCAAGCGCAUGUUCAAAGAUACACCGAACAUUGUUGUCGCGACACCUGGCAGACUCAUGGACGUGAUGUCUAAGUUCUCGGACAAGUUUUUUAAACAUGUUGACUUCAAGGUGCUUGAUGAAGCCGAUCGACUGUUAGAAAUUGGAUUUGAUGAAGACUUGAGAGAUAUCUCUAAGACUUUAAAUUCAAUCAACGCCACAGGACCAGAACACAUCAGGACAUUACUUUUUUCUGCAACUCUUGGGGACAAUGUUCAAAAGCUGGCUGCGGGUAUAAUGAACCGGAAAGAAAGUUUGUUCCUAGAUACAGUGGACGUCAAUGAGCCCGAGGCCCAUGAGAAAAUUGAUCAGCGCCUUGUGAUCUCAGAGAAUUUCGCUUCAAACCUUUACGCCCCUAUUUCAGCAAUUAAAAACCGACUGGCCACAAACAAUGAACCUUUCAAAGCAAUUCUGUUUGUCCCUACUGUCAAGUUCACUAAAUUCUACUGCACAAUCUUGGAAAGAUUGUUUCCAUCACUUCCGGUAUAUGAAUUCCAUGGAAAAAUUGACCAAAGAAAAAGAACCAAGAUGGUUGGUCUUUUCAAGCGGGCUCACGAAGGUAUUUUUGUCUGUACCGAUGUUGGUGCGAGGGGCAUGGAUUUCCCUGGUGUAGAGGAAGUAUUGCAAUUGGGCGUACCAUCUGAACUAUCCAACUACAUUCAUCGUAUUGGUAGGACAGCAAGGGGUGGUAAAGAAGGUAAGGCUACUAUUUACCUUUUCAAGGACGAGCUGCCAUUUAUUGACACUUUGGCGAGAGAAAAAAAUGUCAAGAUCGUCGACCAAGAUGAUUAUGCGGUUAACAAAGACGAAAUUGAGGAGUUCAACUCGUGCUUGCGUGAUGAAUUUAUGUUUAGAGAAAGUUUGGAAUCCAUGCUAUCGUUCUAUAAAGGUUGCGAGCAAGCUUAUGGGUUCUACAUGCCAAAGGUUGCACGCCAAAUUGCGAACUCUUACGGCCAGUGUUUGAUGCAACCUGAGAAGAAAAUGCCAAUCAGCCGUAGCACUGCAAGCAUGAGAUAUGGACUCAAAGGUAGAAUUGUCGAAGAAAUUUUUGACUGUGGUCAAUCCCACCGUGAAAGUUACAACAACGAAGAGAGACUUCCAAACCGCGGCAACAAAACUCGGAAUUUUAGCAAUAGAAGCAAUCAAGGCGGAUAUGAUUCUGGGCGCAGGGUCUCUAGACAACGCUGGGAGUCUAAUGAAAAAUUCGACAAUAAACGCUUCCGGUCACCAAAUAGAGGCGAAAAUCCAAGAAUAGAUUACAAUUAA